GAACCUCCCUGACCUGCUGAGAGUCUAGCCCGGAGAGUCCCUGGGCUUCUUGGUUGAUGCUGGGGUCUCCAGACCAGUCCCUUGGCUGUGCCUCGUUCACCCCCAAACCCGGGGACCUUCUCUCUGGGUUGAGCCACCUUAAGUAGGAAACUGAAGCCCUUACUCUCCAAACCCUGCUUCAUCUUCCCAAGUAUGUCAGAAAGCUGGCAACAGCCGCCGCAGACACAGCCGCAGCAGCCGCAGCCUCCACAGCCGCAGCACCAUGCGGAGCCGCCACCGGCCCUGGCUGAGCACACACUGCCCACCGGCACCGCCGAGAACCCUCUGGGCUGCGCCGUCUAUGGCAUCCUGCUGCAGCCCGACCCCGGCCUGCAGCCCCCGCAGCAUGUCCCCCUGCCGGCGGCGGCGGGCGAGCCGGGCCCCAAGUGCGGGGUGUGCGGGGUGUGCGGGCACGACCUGACGCACCUGUCCAGCCCACACGAGCACCAGUGCCUGGCGGGCCACGACCGCUCGUUCCAGUGCACGCAGUGUCUUAAGAUCUUCCACCAGGCCACCGACCUGCUGGAGCACCAGUGCAUGCAGGCCGAGCAAAAGCCUUUUGUGUGCGGCGUCUGCAAGAUGGGCUUCUCCCUGCUCACCUCGCUGGCUCAGCACCACAGUGCGCACAGUGGGGUCGGGGGCCUGGUGAAAUGCUCCAUCUGCGAGAAGACCUACAAGCCAGCCGAGGCGGUGGAGCCAGCCGCCUCCGCUGCGCCCUCGCUGCCCCCGCCGCCCCCGGCCCCCGCCGUCACAGCCACUGAGCAGCCCGACAAGCCCUACAGCUGCCCCAUCUGCCAGAAGCCCUUCAAGCACCUGUCGGAGCUCUCACGGCACGAGCGCAUCCACACGGGCGAGAAGCCGUACAAAUGCACGCUGUGCGACAAGAGCUUCAGCCAGUCGUCACACCUGGUGCACCACAAGCGCACGCACAGCGCAGAGCGCCCCUAUAAGUGCGCGGUUUGCGAGAAGACCUUCAAGCACCGCUCGCACCUGGUGCGACACAUGUACGCCCACUCGGGCGAGCACCACCUGUUCCGCUGCAACGUGUGCGAGCUGCACUUUAAGGAGUCGUCGGAGCUGCUGCAGCACCCGUGCACGCCCAGCGGGGAGCGGCCCUUCCGCUGCGGCGAGUGCCAGAAGGCCUUCAAGCGCCCUUCGGACCUGCGGCAGCACGAGCGCACGCACAGCGCCGAGCGGCCCUUCAAGUGCGACCUGUGCCCCAUGGGCUUCAAGCAGCAGUACGCGCUGAUGCGGCACCGGCGCACGCACAAGGCCGAAGAGCCCCUCAAGUGUGGCCUGUGUGAGAAGGGCUUCGGGCAGCCCAGCCACCUGCUCUACCACCAGCACGUGCACACCCUUGAGACCCUAUUCAAAUGCCCCGUGUGCCAGAAGGGCUUCGACCAGUCGGCUGAGCUGCUGCGGCACAAGUGCCUGCCGGGCACGACCGAGCGGCCCUUCAAGUGCCCCGUGUGCAGCAAGGCCUACAAGCGGGCCUCCGCCCUGCAGAAGCACCAGUUGGCACACUGCUCGGCCGCCGAGAAGCCGCUGCGCUGCACCCUGUGCGAGCGGCGCUUUUUCUCCUCCUCCGAGUUCGUGCAGCACCGCUGCGACCCGGCCCGCGAGAAGCCGCUCAAGUGCCUGGACUGCGAGAAGCGCUUUAAGUAUGCGUCUGACCUGCAGCGGCAUCGGCGGGUGCACACGGGGGAGAAGCCCUACAAAUGCCCCAACUGCGACAAAGCCUUCAAACAGCGGGAGCAUCUCAACAAGCACCAGGGCGUGCAUGCGCGGGAGCAGCAGUUCAAGUGCGUAUGGUGUGGCGAGCGCUUCCUGGAUGUGGCGCUAUUGCAGGAGCAUAGCGCGCAGCACAGCGCUGCCGCCGCUGCCGCCGCCGCUGAGGGCACAUACCAGGUGGCCGCCUGCCUGCCCUGAUCCUGCAUGCACCUCUGCCUCCCACCCAGCGUGGGAUUCUCAGGCCUGGGGCAUGCGCGCAGAGAGGGCAGUGGGCAGGCGGAGGGGGUAGCUGCCCGGCACCCCUGGCAGUGCCAGGAACGGGCCGGGUGGGGUAUGGAUGCAGUAGACCGCUGUGACCCUAGACCUGAUUGCUCCAGCCUCAUCACUCAGCACGGGGACUAGGUUUCUUGAGUGGUCCAGGAACCAGAUUAGAAGUGCAGCAACUUCUCCCCACCUUUGAGGGGUCAGUGAGGCCCUUGAAACCGUCCCACCCACCUUCAGCCUGAUGGGAAUCCCAGUGGGUGUGGAGGAGGGUCAGAACCUGGGGAAGGAGGCCAGUCAGAUGCGGGGGGGCCAAACAACGCAACCUGCUGCGGACGUUUUGAUUCCUGGCGCCUUGUGCGUUCCAGAGCGCAAGCACUGCUUUGAGCUCUCUUGGUCUUUCUGGCAGCAGGUGGCCACAGUCUCUUCUAUGGCGCCACUGAGUGAGUGUGACCCACACACCUUCAGGUUCGCAGUCAAGUGCACACUGUUGGUGCCACCUUGGGAUCUUGGGUAUAGGGCAUCCCUCAUCAAAUUGCUGUUUGGGGGAGCAGACCAGAUUUGGGUUGUGGUCCUGGGGAGGAGAGUGGCAGGCAGUGAGCUUUCACCAGUGACACCUGCAUCGGCCAGGUAUCAGAUGGGCAAGGUGUAUGGGAAGAGGCCUUGGGCAGGUCUGUCCGGAGUGACAGGACAGCACUGUGGUGCUGCAGGAGCAAAGGCAGGCUCUUCGUGCCAAGAGCAGCUCCUGCCUGCACUGGGCUGGGUGGUGAGCUCUCAGACGGACCGAGGCCACAGGGAGUCCAGACCUAGGCCAGGAGUUCCCCACUGGGGCUGCACAAGUCCUCCCCCUGAAUCCUGCGAGUCAGUGGCGGGAAGUAGCUUCUGCCCCCAGGGCUUCCCAGCCCACCGGAU